AACAGUUCACUCGCGAGGAGAGUGAGGAUGGCAUGUGUACAGUGUGCAUGCUGUGUGCGUGUGUGUGUGUGUGUGUGUGUGUGUGUGAGAGAGUUAUUGUGAGGCAUUCAGGUAGAAUAAUGGAAGCUCAGUAUGCGAGUUGUCUGCAGGUUACUCAGGGAAUUCAGGACACAGAAACAUUAUCCACCUCUGGCUUUCUCUCUCUGGGUCUCUGUCAGGUCCUCUGUAUCUCUGUUGCUCUCAUCGACUCUCAUCCCUCCUUUUCUCCUGGUGUCUCUUUUCUUCUUCUCUGUUGUCUCUCUCAGAUCCUCUAUCUAUCUAUCUAUCUAUCUAUCUCCCCUGUCUCUGCUUUCUUUCUGAAUUACUUUCUGAAUUUUGUUUGAAUCAUCACCUCUCUAAAAACAUUGUGAACUUUGUGAAGGUAGGAUUUAUUGCAGGACCGCAUUGUUGCUAUACUGUAGGUGUGUCUAAUAAACUCACAGUCUUCUUGUGUCAAGGUUCAAGAAUACAUGUAUCCAAUAUACAAAAACAUGCUGCAGGUAAUUGAUGUCUGCUACCCCUCCAACACACACAUACUGUACCUCCAACCAUGCACAGAAAUAGCUCUCAUUGUUGCUUGUACAAGGAUAAUAGAUAUCUGUGUGUGUGUGUGUGUGUGUGUGUGUGUGUGUAACAGAUAAAUCGCUUUGCUCUGUGUUUAUGGUGGUUUUGUUGUUUCGGCCCCAGCAGCCUGGCUCGGACCAAUAAGAAUUCCUGAUGUGGUAUCCUGGCAGUGGGUGGGUUCUCUAUGGCCAUCACCGACUUGGCAGGAGAGACAACGGUCUCCCGAGUGCUCCGCUUUGUGCCGUCCUUUGGUCUAGCAUUGGGCUCGUUCCAAUCUGACUUUUCAGAGAAACGAUGUGCGAUGACGUCCGAUCGUCGAGAAAAGCGGAUGCAGCAAGAAGACAAUGACACAGAUACAUAUGCUUAGCUGCUCAUCCUCUGAAAGGAGGCAGCAGACAAACAGGGUGGCUGCUUUGAAGAACGUGUGUGUUUCCUACUGUGUGUGUGUUUAAAGUUUUUAUAUGGGAGGACAGAUAUGCUUUGUGUUGAUUGAAACACACUUUUUGAAACAAGCAUAUAUAGAUUGUGCAUGCAUAUAUGUGUGUGUGUGUAAAACUCCCCCUCCGCCCUUCCGGUGCCCCUCAUAGUGUUUAAUGUUUAAUUGAGGUUCACAGGAACAGUGAUAAUGGUUAACAUAGUGCUUUUGAAUUCCCUCAACUCUGCCUCCAUUCAUAAGAGUUAAAGGCAGAGGACUGUUCAUUCUCAUUAAACCAGUCUGUCAUUAUGAAUACAUAUAUAGUACUGUAAUGAAUACUGAACGGCAUAUUAAGAAUACAACAAAUCAAAUGAUACAUUUGAAUACAUACAAAACAUUUAACCUUUUUGAAGAUUGUUUAUGUAAUUCUGGUUUAGCCUUUUCAGCGACAUGGGUCAUACUUUUAAUUUGACCCCAGCACGGUGUGGAAUGUGCACUGGACUAAACAAUAUAACUUCACCCACAGACGGUCACCCAACAUGUCACUGAGGCUGCACAGUUUAAGCAAACACCCGUGUGAAGUGGAAACUGUAGUCACACAUUCCCAGAGUGCAUGCAUGCAUGCCUGUGUGUGUGUGUGUGUGUGUGUGUGUGUGUGUGUGUGUGCGCGCGCCCUUGUAGGUAUGUUUGAUUUUGUAGCUGAUAUGUCACACAUUACCAAGAGUCAUCUAGUUCACAUCAUUCACACUUCAAUCUCUGAACCCGUCGGCUAUCGGUCUGACGACAGAGAAGCCUCUGGGGUCAAGAGUCUGUGAUUCUGGGGUUUCCGGUGUAGCCAGAGAGUUUACAAGCUCAUUUUAAAAAUUCAUUUUCUCAUCCUCGGCUGCUCAACCUAUCGCCGGCCAGAAUAUUAAUAUUGGUAUACAAAAUGAAUAUCCCAGCAUUUAGUUCUCUUUGGUUAAUUUAUUCGUCUCUCCCUCCUUUUCCUUCAGGGCUCCGCUGUAGAAAGUUCUCUCCAGAAUAUGCCUUGUCUCCAUGGUAACAGACCUCAGGCAGACCCGGGAAAACAUCCCCUCUAGUCCAACCUACCUGAGCCUGGACGGUACUGAAGAGGAUUUUAACACACAUUUACACAAUCACAAUCAAUUCUUGAAAGUGUCCUUCGUUACUCCAUGAAGUUAUUUUGCCAAUUCAAGUGCUUUCAGAGGACUCAAAAUGCCUAAAAUUGUGCUUGAAAAAUUAUAAUUUGAGAAGGUUCUACUCUUUUGGGAUGACAAUGCAAACUACUUUGUGUUCCCUCUAAAUGGUCCCCUAAAACCAGGAGGACAACUUUAUUCAAAAGACAAAAAAAUGUCCGGGAUAUAUUCAUUUGUAAUUAAGGCUUCUUAAACCGGGCAGCACCAGUCCCUUUACUGGUCUGAAAGGAGUCCUAAACCAGGACCAGGAUGCACCAGCUGUUCAGCCAGGUGCUGGGCCAGAGGGAUCUGUCCAGAGCAGGUGACCUGUUUUCUCUGGAGGACACAGAGAUCGAAGCCUGUCUGUCUCAGGCUCUGGGCCAGAUCAAGGCCAUCUCCUGCUCACAGGACUAUUUGACCAAUGACAAUGACCAGGCAGUGGUGGAGAUUUGCAUAACGCGCAUCACCACGGCCAUAAGGGAGACGGGCUCCAUCGAGCAGCACAGCACGGCGCUGGUGGGGCUGUGGGAGUCGUGUCUCGAACAUAACCUCACCCCGCAAGGUGAAAACACAGAGGACACGCCGCAUACCAAGAUAGCCUCGGACAUCACCAGCUGUAUCCUGCAGAACUACAGUUGUCCCUCGGUCAUGGUGCUGGCCGUCCCGGUAGCGGUGCGGUUCCUGCAGAGCGGCAACAGGGAGCUGAGCAGGAACAUGUCCAGUUAUCUCUCCCUGGCUGCUAUCGCCAAGGCCGAUCUGCUGGCCGAGCACACGGAGGCCAUGACGCUCAGCGUGCUGGGAGGUAACCACAUGCUGUUACGAGUGUUGCCCUCGGUCUACCCCAGGCAACCAGAUACCAUCCACUGUCACCUAGGCAACCUCACUGCGAUGAUGUCACAGCUGGAGUCCCCAGAGCAACAACACCUAAUCAGACUCAUUCAAAUUGUUGCCGAGCAACAUCCACUGAUGUUGAGCCCUCAGGUGCCCACACUCGUCAGUUACCUAGAAGACCAAUCCCUAACUGAGGCCCUACUGGGCGCGCUCGUGGACGUGUCACAGGCCAGCCCUUCUUCACUGGUCAGCUUUCUGCCAACGCUGAGGAUUGUGGGACAACAAUGCCCUGCUCUCUUGGGUCACGUGGCCAAAAUCCAUGGUGCCGUGGGCAUCAUCAGUGAGACUCAUGCUCGCAGCGUGUUGGUCUACCUGGUGUCCUGUCUGGGCAGCAUGGAGCACAGCUUUCACCACACACUGCUGCUGGAGAUCAGAGCUCUUACCGACCGCUACCCGACUUUACUGGGAGGCUGCGGCAAAGACAUCUACAGGAUGAGCAACUCGUUCACUGCUAUAGCCCGACUGCUGGGGAGACGACUGGAGGAGAGCACGGCCAUGCACUGCAGAGUGGAUGAGGCGAGCCCGCCGUCUCCUCGUGCAUCUCUCCCAGGGGGCGGAGGGGGAGUUAGGGGGUCAGAGCAGCGGCUGCAGGUGAAGAUCCAGGCCUUUGAGGAGAAAAUGGGGGAGGAGAGGGGAGAGGAGGACGAGGUGGAGGAGGACUCCCCUGCCCCCCAACGACGCUACAGCCUGAGCCAAGCUGUCAGGGAGGAGAGACGAGAAAUGAGAUUCAACAGGUCAAAGAGCCUGGCCCUCCACGCUGGGCGCUCGCGCUCCAUCAACUCAGACACCGGGGAGGACGGUGACGGCUCGGAGCCGGGCCCAUACAACGUGUUCUCCAACACAUCGGUGAAUUCGCAGAACCAGGAAGCGCCGCCUGUCGAGAGGAAACCGAAGGGUGACGGCUCGAUGCCCUUCACAGCUGCCCUGGACAGAGCGGUCAAAGAGGCUGAGGAAGGUCAAAGCAGAGAGAAGGAGGAGGAGCAUGAGGACGCUGACAGGCUCUUCAUCCAUUUAAGAGACAAUAUGGAGACCAUCGGAGAGUUCUGUCGAGACAUGGUGCAGCAGAUCCCCAUACCAGAGCAGUGUGCAAUAGAAGAUUCAAAUCGAGGGUGUGUGGCCAAGCUGUCGUUCUCCUGUCCUCUUAAGGGCCACUACUGUCUGUACGCCAAAUCCUGCUUCAACAUGACCAGCCGACGGCCUCACCUUUGGAUACACAUCAUGCUGCUACACCUACAGAGUAAAUCCAGUGUCGCUCUCUGCUCCAAGGAUGAGUGUGUCCAGAGGCUUGCCACCCUUUGGGAGAAGACGCAGCUAAAAGGAGCUCACAGCUUCCCCAUGGCUAUGACACAGAACACCACCCCACACAGGAAGGACCUGGACAGUCUCCAGAUUCAGCUGGAGGAGGUGCGCUUUUUUGACCUGUUUGGCUACAGUGAGGAAGAGGAAGGUUGGCUUUGCUUCAUGUGUAACAAUCCGGAGAAGGCCACAGUUGUGAACCAGGAGGGACAGCCUCUGAUCGAGGGGAAGCUAAAGGAGAAGCAGGUCCGCUGGAAGUUCAUCAAGCGCUGGAAAACCCGUUACUUCACCCUGGCAGGAAACCAGCUCCUCUUCCGUAGAGGCAAAUCAAAAGAUGAGCUGGAUGACAUCCCUAUUGAGCUGAGCAAGGUGCAAAGUGUCAAGGUGGUAGCCAAGAAGCGACGUGAUCGGGGCCUGCCACGGGCCUUUGAGAUCUUCACAGACAGUAAGACGUAUGUGCUGAAAGCUCAGGAUGAGAAACAUGCUGAGGAGUGGCUGCAGUGCAUCAACGUGGCCGUGGCUCAGGCCAGAGAGAGGGAGAACAGAGAGGCUACCACCUAUCUGUGAGAGCAACAGCAACACUGUUUACUAAUGAGGACACACACAGUACAGGACUAUUGAUAACACAUGCCAUGCAUACAAAUUCACACACACACACACACACACACACACACAGUCAUACAUACACUGAGUCGUUUUUGUUGUAGACACAAACAUCCACUGCCAGUACUAUAACUUUGUAUCUGUAAUUGGUGGUCUCCUCCAGUAUUCCAAAAACAAUCAAAACACUUUUUAUGCAGUACUUUUAGAGAAAUAAAAUGUUUAAUUAACCAGCAAUGAUGUUUAUCCAACCAGAAGGAAGGAUGUUACUGUUCCUCACUGUUACACAUGGACUCACUGAUGCAUUUACAGCUGUGGACCAUCAUAAAUUAAUGUUACAGUAUACAUAAGUGUUACAUUUUGAAGUUGUACAUGAUCUUAGCCUGACUGGAUUCUACAGUAUGGACAUUCUUCUGCUUGAGACCAAACACUGCUGCGAGCUUCAACAACCAAACUAAAUCAGCAUCUGUGGAAACAUUUGUUUAAUUUGUACGAAAUCCAAAGUAAAACUUUAUUUGUUUUGUGGGGGCUAUGUGCAGGACUAUUACUUGGCUAAGAGCAGCGACUUCCUGGAUUCUCACGCUGUUAACUGGCAAUUUCAUGGUGGCGUAAAAUCUUGAGGAAGUCGCUGCUCCCAACCAAGAAAUAGUCCUGCACAUAACCCCCGGUAAAAGCACAACUCCUUCACCAGAGCCAGGCUAAAGGUUUCCCCGCUUCUAGGGUUUAUGCUAAGCUAACCGACUUGCUAGCUUCAUCUUUACCGUACGGACAAGAGAGUAAUAGCGAUCUUCUAAUCUGUCUCUUGGCAAGAAAGCAAAAUAAGGGUAUUUCCCAAAAUAUGGAACUAUUCUUUCAAUUUACAUAUUGUUUUCUCGUGGAAUAUGGAUAUACACAGUUGAGCCAGUGUUUUUAAAUCAUUUGUGUCAUGACACAAAGUCAGCAGACAUGGUUCAAGUUGAGUUAUUUAAAAAUCUGAAAUGUUUCCUCCAAAAAAAUAAGAGCACCUUGUGUGAAGAAAACAUUUCGACCCUGUUCCUGCUGUUGUACUUAUGAUGCGAGACCCCUAAGAGUUAGUGCAAUGCUCAUAUUUCUGUUCUUUUGCAAUCUCUAUUCUACAUGGACCUGGUUAUUUUUGGCUUUCCUCAACAAGAGAAAUCUGCAACAACUCACUCCAUAUUUUACGAGGAGCAGUGUCAGCUCAACUGUUGCUCAACAGUGGUGUUUGAAACAUAAGAAAACCAGUGAAGUCAAUUUGGGGUUUCCUUGUGGAUUUAGAAACUGUACCAGUUCAGUCACAUUGAUUUAAUUUCAGCUGACAAUUCAGUAAAAUGUUUUGACAGCAAGAUACUGUGGUGAUGCAGCACUCUCCAUCAUUUUAAAACAGGCCCUUUCCAAAGGUUAGAAAGGAAACGCUUGUGUGUUUCGUCGUCUUGUGUUGAAACUGUGAGAUUGGAUGAAGUGCGAGUGAGCACCUGACUGAGGGAGCGCAAGUUUUUCUUCUUUACAACUUUCCACCUGAAAAAGCGACACCUGUUGCAGUACUUCUGUGGAGCACUAUGACUCCCUUAUGUUGAGAAAAGUGAUCCGUUUCAUUCUGAAAAGUCCACUUUUUAAAAACCAACAUGGGCUCAGUUCAAACCUUUGUUUCAAAACAAAACUCCUCGUGUCAUGUGCUGCCCCUGUUAAGCUCUGAACUGCCUGCACCAGACAAACAUUCACGAAUCAAUUAUUACGUAUGAUGUCUGAUUUGAUCUUUAUCUUUAUGGGUGAUGUGUUUCUGCCCACAGGUGGAAGCAUUGUCUCUUAUCAAAUGUGUUUGCUUUUGGUUAAAUAUAUAGAAUCCAACGUUGGAUACAUUUAAAAAUGCCUCGGGUGGUAUUAAUCUCAACUGGUGUGACAGACGAGCACAUUGACUUAGGUCUUACUUUGUCCUUUAGCUAUAACCCUGUCGUCAUGUAGUCAUGUAGUCAUAACACUGCCUCUCCCACCGGUUCAGGUUACCACUGUUUGUACUUUUUGCUGUCUCUGUGCCCCCCCUCUACACAGCAGAGGUGACUGCUUACACAUAAUAUUAUCUACAUCAUGCCUGUCCUUCACAAUUUGAUUCGCUUUCUGCUUUUCUUUUAUGAUUGACACACCUACAUAGGAGUUUAUUUUAAAACUGCACAAUAACACAACACAAAACGCAAGGAUUGCAUAAUAGGUGCAAUAUAAUUGCUAUUGUACAAUAUACAGCUAUUGUAUAUUGCAUUCUGGACAUCUUAAUAUGAUAAUACAUAAUAUGAUCUCUUAUAUUGGCAUUUUCACCUUGUGGGACCAAACAUGUUGCAAGGUACUCUUAAGAAAAGACCUUAAGAUGUUUACCAUGCUAACUAAACAUCAACAUCAUUUCUCAUAGUAGUAUUUAGCUCAAAGCACUGCAGUGUUUAAGUACAGAGCCAAUAGCAUAGACUCGUCUGGUUUGACCUAUAGAAUGCAUCAGAUUUAAGUUGACCAUCGCUGUCCCUUGUUUAACACUUAUCCACUAUCAUUUGUCCUAAAGAAAACGAACAUAUGUGUCAGGUUUAGCACCUCAGGACAAUUAGUUAGCUGUCAGAUGUUAUCAUGCACAGAUUUACUUACACAACACUGAUGGAUUAUGUACACUUUCUGGAAUUUGUCUUGUGGCAAACCUACCUGCCGUUCAGCCGGCUGGCAAGCAAACGUUACAUCCCCUUCCACUGCUAAGUGAAGUUCUCUACCCUUGGCUUUAAAUGUACCAUGAUGCUGACUUUACCCUGCCUCUUCAGUUGUGUUGAGUUAUUGGUGUUGGAAGGUGGAUGUCUGAUCAUAUGAAUGUUGAAGUAAUAAUAUGAACGCUCUCUGCCAUCACACUGUCGUGUGGACCUAGUUUCCAAGCCUCACGGGGCAACAGUUACAGCCAAAAUGACCAAUUGACCCUUUGCUAAGUGCUGUGCUAAUGGAUAGAAGAGACCAGCUGAUCUACACAGCUGAUAUCAUGAUUGACAGCCCGGAACAAUGACUGCAAGGAAAUUAUGAGUGAGCAUGCGAGAGAAGUGAAUGGGAAAUAAACUACAAGACUAAGCAUACAGUAUAGUCUUCCUGACUUACGCUAGAGCUUCAUUUGUAGGCAGCUGUGUAAAUAGACUGCGGAUGGAUACUCUAGCAUCUAUCUAUCUAUCUAUCUAUCUAUCUAUCUAUCUAUCUGUCUGUCUGUCUGUCUGUCUGUCUGUCUG